AUGGCCGCAGCUGUAUCCAACGCUUAUCAUUCCUUGCCCCAAGCAAGACCCUCCUCAGCGGGCCAAAGCCACUCCGGUCUUCUCAAAGUUGUCCGGUCUGAUCAGCCCUUCAAAUCAGCAGCCAUAUCCCUCGUUUCGCUCCCACCUGGAGCCCUAUUUGCCAAAAUCACCGAGGCAACUCAUACUCCCCGCGCUACCUGGACUUCGUUCCAGACUGGCCGUGAUGAGCACAUGGAGUUUAACUCUGACAUUGUCUUCAUCAAUCACUCCUGUGAUCCUAACCUCGUGGUUGACACCACUCGCAUGGAGGUCCGCGUGGCGGAUGAUCGUCAUAUCGCGAAGGGUGACGAGCUGACUUGGUUCUACCCAAGCGCGGAAUGGGAAAUGGCCCAGUCGUUUCCUUGUGAAUGCGGAACAGAGAGGUGCCUGGUUGCCAUUCGGGGCUCGCGAUAUGUUGAGCCGGAGAAGCUGAAGGGAUACUUCUUGAACAAACAUAUACACGAGCUCAUGGAGGAACACAGGUCCAAGCAGUAA